ACCUCCCAUUAUGUACGACGCCCAUUACCGCCACCACGGUCACUGGAACCGGCGCCGCUUGCGGCCUGACUGGUAAUCAUAUUACUGGCAGCCCGAGUCCUACCAGAUCGCUUGGCCGUCGAUGCAGCAUGCUAGUCUUGGACUCCCGGAUCUCACCCUGUCACGAUCGGCGUCGGCGAGCGCACGAACCUCCACUGGCAUCCAGGCCCCAUCCAUUAGAGACGUUUGUCGUCUUCGUGCAUGGCGAGUGGCUUCCUUCCGCAGCUCGAGUUUUCCCUAUCCAUCGCCAGAAGUGUUCCCCGUCUCCAGUAGACCGUCGGUGCUGUGGAAUACGCCGGAUACCGUACUGGUGCGCUGUCAUCUCCCUUCAAUAUCUCGCCUGCCCACCCUGCAUACAUCGGUAUUGCUUUCAUACCGCCUGCGGGAACGCCAGCAGGACUCGCCAUUGGUGAAUUUCGUGGUGGAAAUAUCGCAGCCGGACCCACCGUCGCUGACGCCCAGCGCACGCGGCUCGUGUGAUCAUUGUCCGUGUUGGACACCAGGAGGAGUGAGAUAUGCCCCCCGUUCAGGAGCUAGCACGGCGCCAUCAACGGUACAAUCAUCCAUGUUCUGUGGUUACACUCCCAGCAGCGCCGUGCUGGGUGCGAGUGAGAAAGUGUUCCCCCUACGAUCACCGAACCGAGAUACCAGGGAGGACGACGUCGAAGCACGGCUGUCGUACUCUAAGCAAUCGGCGUGUGAAUGCUGGUUUCCCAUCAGCGAGAUCCAGCACGGUUACGUCCGCAGAGAGGGAGGACAAACAAACGAACACUAGUUAUCGGCAGAUUCGGCUGGGAACCGCUCGCCCCGUUUCCUCUCGCACAUCAGCGCGCUUCUCUCGCCCCCGCCGGGAGCCCCGACGAACACAGGUGGCCACAUAACACUAAGAGACCGUGAAGGCCUCCACCUUAAAUUCCAGAAUGAUAGCGUGAUAGCCUGUGAGACCCAAUCGAUACACACAGAGAAACUAU